CGGCGACGGUUAUUUUUGGCAUCAUGCGAGGUGGUCACUGGUCAGUAUCAUAUGACCUUCCACCUCGAGGACGAUUGAAAAUGAAUUCAUAGCAUCUUUGCGUCUGCAAUACGGUGUUCUGGCUCUAAAAAUGAUCUCGUCUUCAGUCGGUGCCCAUGUCAGAACUGAGAGAAAGUGGAAGCAAAUAGAAGCAAAGUGAACAAACUGAGCAUUAUAGAGAAAAACCUUUGAGGUUUUUGAGACAGGAUGUUGAGUUCGCCGUUUUUGCAUUUGCAUUAUAGCAGUUUUCAUUCAAAGUGUGCUGUGCUAGUGAGUCACAUGAAUUUUAGUUACUUGGAUUCAGAUAGUUAGGAUAUUUUCUUUUUCAGGCAACCAACUCCAACUCAUGGUUGUUGUAGGGAAAUCAUUAUCAGCGUUUUUCUGCACUCCAUCACGAUCACCACUUCACAAAAUAAGCUUAAUGCUUAAAAAUACAACCUGACUGUUGCAAUCAUCUUCUCCCAACAACUCCAAUUCCAUAGGGAAUAAAAGAAGUAUUUCUUCGAGACCGAUCAUUUCUUACAAGAAAUCUCUGGAAGAAGAAACAACUUCUACUCAAACGAGUUUGGUUUUAUCUUACAAGUGGUGCUUUCGCUAUCCACGACUUCCACAAGAAUCAUCUUCAAUUUAUUAGACAAGAUAUUAAGUCCUUUGGUCUUCCACGGUCCACCUCAUUAUUAGACAUAGCUUGACUUUUUAGAUUUAGAUUUUUUAGUCCGAACCCGAAGUCGCAACCUUCUCCUCUUCACAAACGUCUUUUUUCUAUCAACAACUUCAAAUCGGUCUAGGUAGCAUCUUUACGUUUACAAUUAUCGGAUCGGGUAUCUAUAGUACUAUAAGAACAAGAGAACAUCAAUCAAUCUAAGCAUCAGGAUGGCAGUUGUUGCUGAGGAAAUUGCUACUGCUCUCCCCGUGUCUGCAACACCCGAAAAGCAAUCGUUACAAGAAACGAUUGAAAAACUACUCAGCAAAAAAAAUCUCGGUAAGUACAUCUAGAAAAACUAGUUGUUUGAUGCUACCACGAUAAUUAAUCGUUUCCUCCGACCCCGAAGGUUUUUGGCUCAUCCUUUUUGUUGUAGUCGUACAAUGUAAUGCUUUGCAUCUUCAUGAUGAUAACAUUUUGCCACUAUUUUCCCGCAAGAAUUAUCCACAUCUCAGUGAAAUCAUCACUCAUCCCACACCAGGUCGCGACCAGUAUCUCCGAGGAUGUAUCAAUCCGCAGAUGUAUGUUAGCGCUGCUGAACUAGCAGGUCAUGAAUCCUUGGUCGGCCGCUUCUCGGAAGAGGAGGUCUUAGACGCCGCAACGAAGAGCAGCAAAUUGUCGGUUGAUCUUGAGGUAUGGACGGGGUUGUUUAAAUCUAGAAGUUGAUAAGCAGUGCUGCGUCCUAAAUGCAAAAGCAAUAUAUUCAAGUUAUUUGUUGAUGAUGUUGAACGAAGAGGGCACGAUAUAAUGUGUAAAAAUUGAGAAAAACUACCACCCGCCCAGUAGCAGUACUAAUCCUACUGAAACAAGGACACCAUUGCCCUACUUCUUCGUCCCCUCCUAGUCUUUCCCUGAUGCCUGCACUUGAUGAUGUUGAACGAAGAGGGCACGAUAUAUUAAUGUGUAAAAAUUGAGAAAACCGCUUCAUAAACCGCGCGUGCCAUCCGGCCCUUGCUUCGAUCGAAGAGGAGUACUAUCAUCGUCCGCGACUUUCCAUACUCCGAAGAUGUUCUGAGGAAUGAGGUACUUUCCCUACAUUUCCCCUCCAACUACAUUCUGGAUAAGAGCAUCAUGAAGUUCGACUCUGAUAAGAUCAUCAUGAUCAUACAUCAUCAUGAAGUUCGACUCUGAUAAGAUCAUCUACAAAUCAUCAUGAUCAUAUACAUCUACUUACGAUCAGGAGCAACAUUGACUCAUCAUGAUCAUCUGUACAUCUACUUACGAUCAGGAGCAACAAGUAGCCCAAGACGAGAUCUCGAAAGAGACUACUCCAGCUUGUUCUUAUACUAGUACUACAAAUCUUCAAAAAUUAUCCUAGGAUUAGGAACAAACUACAUAGUGAACUUGUUCUUGCUUACGAGAUUGUUCUUGUUUCUAUUCCCACAGGUUCUCUCGCAUCUGGAGCCGAAACUUCAAGAAUACAUCGUUGGAAUCAAGGCUGACGUUUGCGACACAUGGUUCAUCAAGGUGAAGGAGGAAGAUGAGGUGACUCAAAAGAUCGCUAUGUGGCUGCGAGAACAGGAAUACUUAAGGCGAGAUGUCCUGAUGUCCUGACUCAUGUCGUGAUCCAUCAUGAUCUUGUGAUAGAUUGGGGUAAGCUCUAAGACAUCCCGUUGGUCGGAAGAUUCAAUCCGCGGUGAAAAGCGAGCAUUUGCUACGCAGCGUCUUUCCCGCUGACGCUGUAGAACAAGGAGGUGUUGCUUCAGCGGACAGCGCGGUUGAUCCGAUGAUGGCCAGCACUCCACCUCCACCCGCCAUUGCAGCUAGUGCGGCUGGCCGUAAUUAGCUUCAUUGCAUGGUAGAGUUGAGAAGUACAAAUAAUAACGCAUCAUGUUUUUCAUUCAUUUCUAGAUUGAUCACAACGGUAACGAACAUCAGACCUCAUUCCGCUCUCCGGACUUCCCGCCGGAGAUUUCAUGAUGCCGCAAUAUCUUACCCCGGUUCCCUUACAAACGCCAGGACCAAUGUGGCCUGGGUCGGCGGGUACACAAGGUAUUGAAUGAUCAUAGGUACUUUGUAGUAGUGAGAGUGACAAGUAGAAGAGGCAUGAUGAAUAGCAUAUUGAUCAUGACAUGAUUUUAAUAUUCUUUGAUUAUAUCGUGGAGGUUAAGGUCGUUUCCCUUCAUCCCCUCGAUGGUACAUACCGAGUCAGUAUUACUGAUACUUUCUCGUCCCAAAUAAAUCCCACCCAGAUCUCCUCAAUAGCAGUUCUCUUGGAUUUCCAGCUUCGCCUCCUGGUGUGAACACAGUGACGACUCGACCUGUUUUACGUGUCCUCGCUCAGGUCAACGGUGGAACGUGGCAACCUUGGGGACAUAACCAUCGGGCUCCACGUACUAAACUGUGAUCGUGAUGUAGUAUUUUUUCUAGUUGUACGUAGGAGGACAUAAAAAACAUCUUCUUAACCUUUUAUUCAAUCCACGGACUAGGGCGGGUUGGACAAGGACAAGAACAUCUUUGUUCAUUUAUGAUAACCUUUCACUGCUAGGCCAAUCAAUAUCAAAGGAACCCGUCUAGCUCGGUAAUCAACUCAAUUCAGACUUCAUUUCAGGCACUUUGCGUGUUCCAGGACCUGGAGAUUUUGGUCCUCCUCGUCCCGCAAACAAAGGCAAUUGGAACAAGGCCUCCAGCAGCCCUGAACAGCCGACGAAAAGCGGCAAGGGUCAUUGGUUGAAGGAUAGUCCGCAGUGUUAUGGUUAUAAGUCAAAUUUCAUUCGUUCGACCAUUUUUUUAUCUACUUCUACUUAUUCGAAAACUCAAAAUAAAAACAGAGUUAGACUGACCACUGAAAUAAGGGAGGUAGCUUAACGUCAAGGCUACCUUUCCUUCUCAUCAGUAUCUCGGUUAUUCUGAUCAGUUACUCGGUUAUUUCAAAUAGUAGACCUGCGCUUCUACUUCUUCUACCUAGAAGUAGAUGACUUCGUCUUUACUCUGAUUGCCGAUACUCAUACUCCCCAGGAGCUAUUCUAAUACCCGGCUUCGCCUGAACAGUACGGCGGCGGAAAGCACAGUACUGCGACGCUGCGGUCAAAUUACUACUCAUCCCAGUGGAUCCCGCGUUCUCAGCUGGUAAAGGGAGAACAGGUGAAGGGCGAGGUGAAAGGCGCUGAAAUGGGAAAAGUCGGUCAACAUAUGGGAAAAGAAGCCACGAAAGGGUAUUUUUAAGUACUUUUUUUCGUAGAAGAUAUUAUAGCUGUUGAUGAAGAACAUGAAGAACUACUUCUGUCAAGAAGAGCAUGGACGAUAUAUCUGAUACUACGCACUUCAGCUCCAGCUGGUUCUCCGAUCGCUACAAGGGUCGCGGCAAAGGAUAUACACAAUGGCAGUCUCUUGGCGCUUACCACGAAGGUCGUUAUCCUUACAAUUUUUCUCGCGGAGGUGGUCCACGUCGCUCUUCCAGCGCCAACAAGAAGACGAAAGGUCAAGAAGAAAAGACUCUUAUGGCAGACGAGGCUUAAUCCAGUACUAUGUAAAAACAAAUAAAUAUAAAUGUUGUUUGUUACAACCGGGUUUUGUACCUUUUGUUCCUUUUCCUUCAACAUGAUCGAGUAGAUUGAGUAAAGGUACUAGCUCCAUCUACUUCUCCAUUACUAGCUCUAAUAGUCAAACACAAGAAGAUGUCCGCAGACCAACUGAAAAGGGAGAUAUCGAAAAGAGGUCUGACGAAGAUGAAGUCAUCAGUGAAGCUCUAGAUCUAGCAGCCGCACAAGUCGCAGCCUUGUCACCGAAGAUUAUGCCGCGAAAUAAUUUCAAGUCAUCUAAGUCAUAUACCAUAGAUAAGUGCUAUUUUCACUAAACUAGGAGAAGUAGAGGUUUUCGUUUUAUGUAAAAUUCUCAGCACGGUGGAACUCGAAGUGUGAUUCUUAUUUUCCUACUCUCCUGAGUGAUUCCUAGGCCGCGUGGUAGAAUAUUCUUCACUCCUCCGACGUUAUAAAAAGCUCUUCUGCAUUACCUCCUCCAGAUCUACCUCUAAAAACUUCAAAAAAGUAUCACCAAACAAGAAGGAUAUUGACGAGGAUGAGCAAUUAAUGGGGAGGUGCACACCGGUCGGAAGCAGCACGAAGAUGGAGAAACUAGCGGCUACAUGCGCUAGCACGAUGUCGGCAACCACUGCUCCGUCAACAGGCUACAUUUCCAAGAAACUCUCUUCGAUUAAGGGCGUCAUAUGAGCCUACAGUAAGUAGCCGAUCCAGAGAUGAACCAUGCAGCUAUCCUAUUCGCCUUCUUCGCUAAAAAAUUAGAUAAUCCUUAUCUUCCUCUACAGUGGUAGCUUCUUGAAGAUGUUAUCUUCUACUGUUCUUCUAAUUCAACCGUGACCACGCCAAGCUCGGUGAACACGAAACACAAGACUCCCGGAAGUUCAACCUCGAAGAAGGCAAAGACCCUUUUCAAAGUGUCUCCUGGGGAUAAUGAGAAUUAUGAUGUUGCAGACGCUUCUCAAUCUCAGACCAUUUAUAAUUUCUUCUUCAUUAUCUUCCAAUCGUCUACUUAGCGGCACCAAUCAUGCAGCAUGCCUCUCAAGAACAGUACAACACUAACAUAAUGAGAAUAGCAAGCGAACACCUUUACCUCAUGCGGAAAGCGGUAAAGAAGUACUUUCUUUUCUUCAAGAAAUUUCAAAUUCUUUCUCUUCUAAAAAUCCCAAAACAAUGGCGACGAAUUCCUCGAGCAGCAUGUGCCGCGAGCGAGUAGGGCUGAUAUCGAGCGUGAGUUGGAGCGCAUGUCGAAGACGUCUGAGCAGGAUACGAAGGUGCUGGACUCAGUGCUGUCGCGCGAGGUGAGGGCGCAGCAUGGUGGCAUUUUCAGAAUGCCGUCAAAGAGUACCACUGUUGCUGCGGAAGAUGAAGAUGACGAGUGA